AUGUGGUUGAACUUUGCUCGCUUUGCACUUGGCCCUGUAGGCGAACGUUGCUCGCCUUUACACUUGGCCCUGUUGGCGAACGUUGCUCGCCUUUACACUUGGCCCUGUUGGCGAACGUUGCUCGCCUUUACACUUGGCCCUGUUGGCGAACGUUGCUCGCCUUUACACUUGGCCCUGCGAACGUGGCUCGCCUUUACACUUGGCCAUGUGGUUGAACUUGCUCGCUUUGCACUUGGCCAUGUGGUUGAACGUUGCUCGCCUUUACACUUGGCCAUGUGGGCGAACGUUGCUCGCCUUUACACUUGGCCAUGUGGGCGAACGUUGCUCGCCUUUACACUUGGCCAUGUGGGCGAACGUUGCUCGCCUUUACACUUGGCCAUGUGGGCGAACGUUGCUCGCCUUUACACUUGGCCCUGUUGGCGAACGUUGCUCGCCUUUACACUUGUCCCUGUAGGCGAACGUUGCUCGCCUUUACACUUGGCCCCUGUGGGCGAACGUUGCUCGCCUUUACACUUGGCCAUGUGGUUGAACGUUGCUCGCCUUUACACUUGGCCAUGUGGUUGA